AUGGCCAUGAAUUUUGUCACUUUCAAUCAGGACUACAGCCACCUGGCUGUCGGUACCUCGAGAGGGUUCCGAAUCUUUACCACCGAUCCAUUUGCGAAAUGCUUCGAGUCCAGAGAUGCUGGCAACAUUGCCAUCCUCGAAAUGCUCUUCUCGACUUCUUUGGUCGCCCUCAUUUUGUCGCCGAGAAGACUGCAGAUCAAGAAUACUAAGCGGGAUUCCAUUAUAUGCGAGCUCACAUUCCCCACGACGGUCUUGUCAGUCCGUCUGAAUCGAAAGAGAUUGGUCAUUGUGCUAGAGGAUCAGAUAUACCUUUACGACAUCCAAACCAUGAAACUGCUCUACACAAUUGAGACAUCUCCAAAUCCUACCGCAAUCUGUGCACUAUCUCCAUCGUCGGAAAAUUGUUACCUUGCCUAUCCACUUCCACAGAAAGCGGCUUCUUCCUCUUUUGCGCCGCCCUCCCAUACCCCACCAAACAGUACCCACGUCCCGCCGACCUCAGGCGAAGUUUUGAUCUUUGACGCUGUCAAGUUAGAGGCCGUAAACGUUGUCGAAGCGCAUCGGUCACCUUUAUCUUGCGUGACGUUUAAUAAUGAAGGCACCGUUCUUGCCACUGCAUCAGACAAGGGGACCAUUAUUCGAGUCUUCUCGGUGCCAGAUGCUCACAAGCUAUAUCAAUUCCGCAGAGGUUCUAUGCCAUCAAGAAUAUUUAGCAUGGCCUUUAACAUCACUUCCACCUUACUGUGCGUCUCUUCGGCCACCGAGACCAUCCAUAUAUUCAAGUUGGGACCACAAACCCGAACAAGCGAAGAUGGUAACGAACCUGUCUCUCCUUCUAAAAUCUCCACUGCAUUUACCAGGCGAUUGAGUCAUGGUAGCGAUACUCUCUAUGACGAUGACAAUGGUGAAGAUCAAGAUGGAUCGACGUCACCAACUGCGAUCUCAAAUCGCAAGCCCAAUGGCACAUUCAUGGGAUUGCUGAGGAGAACAAGUCAACAUGUAGGCAUUAAUCUUGCCUCAACGGUGGGUGGCUAUCUUCCUAAAGGCGUCGCAGAAAUGUGGGAACCAUCCCGGGAUUUCGCCUGGAUCAGACUUCCGCGGUCAGCUUCAGGAACUGCACCAAGCCAAUUGCGAAGUGUGGUUGCAAUGAGCAGCAAUUCGCCUCAAGUCAUGGUAGUAACCAACGAAGGCAAUUUUUAUGUCUUUAAUAUUGACCUCGCCAAAGGUGGAGAGGGAACUUUAACGAAGCAGUAUUCGUGA